AUGGCAGAUGAGAACCACCGAGAUCUCGUCGUCCUUCCAAAACCUAAACGAAGAGGACGGACCGGCUGCAUCACCUGCAGAAUCAGGCGGAUCAAGUGUGACGAAUCAAAACCAUCCUGCAACCAAUGUACAGGGACGGGGCGAACAUGUGAUGGCUAUCUAACCCCCAAGCAACAGCCGCCCGUCGCGUUCCUCAUGGUGAUCAGCGAUGGAGUUCAAGUAGAGACACAUCCAGAGGCAGCGCAUGCGUGCCAGUAUUUCCGCGACGUGUGCGCUCCCGCUCUCGUCAAUUAUGGGAGCGCAUCGUUCUGGAAUCGAUUGGUCCUUCAGGCUUGCCACAAUGACGAGAGCCUCAAACAUCUGAUGAUAGCCGCAUCCCACCUGGACAGGCAGAUUUGUCAAUCCGGCCUUUUGGACAACAUCGCGUUCUACUCGCACUAUGGAAAGGGGUUGCGCUUGAUCACUCAGGCCCGAAACCCAGAUACCGCAUCGCUUCUAAUCGCGUGCUUGUUGUUGAUGCUCUGUGAUGAGCUUCAGCAGAAGUAUUAUUCUGCGUUGCAACAUUUGAUCUCCGGACGGAAGAUCCUGACCGCGUAUCAUCCAUGUAUGAGGGGCUCGACAGGGAACAUUGUCAUUGAAGAAAUCGGGCCAAUCUUCUCCAAGUUGGAAUCGGACACAAGAGAAUUUCAGAAACAACUGGUCCCAACAAUCUCAAGGCAAGCCACCGAUGUCCCUUAUACCGACGACAUCCACCACCUCUCAUGCUUCAGCCUGCUCUGUCCAUUCAUCAGUGUUGACCAAUCUGCUUUCGCUCUUCAAGCGAUCGCAUCCGACUGUACGAGAUCUCGCAUCCAGGGCAUUGCACCCAGGACCCGAUUUCAUAUGGUCACCUCUCUGACAUCGGAUCUCAACACCUGGCAUGCACGCUUCGUCGCCUUUGAGAAAACCUUGACCGCGGCGACAGAAUCGAGGAUGUACUUCCACUUGAAUCUACUUCGGACGUACCAUUUAUGUCUGCACAUUAUCUCUCGCUGUGCUCCUUUCAACCAAGAGCUUGCGUUUGACGGCUACCAUGAGAGCAUCGAACUCGUGCUGGUCAGCUGUGACAUCUUGAUGACCGGGGCAUUGUCGACGAAAUUCAUACCACCCUUGUUCUUCGUGGCGACGAGAUACCGCAGCCUGAGUUUCAGAAGACGCGCCAUCAAGUCAUUGAGGAGGUGUGGACCGGACGGUCAACUUCUCGCUGACAUGGCGUCGAGAAUUGCUCGUGUGGAAGAACACGGAAUUCCUGGUCCUGUUCUGUGCUCCGAUAUCCCUGAAGGAAAGCGUGUACAGAUACAAAGCAUGGAACUGGACCCCUCGAAUCAGUCCUACAAUUUGUACUUCAAGCGUCAUCCAUUCACGGAGAACGUGCUUCCGGAUUAUUUGACCUUCCCGUCACAAGGUUGGGUGUGGGGUGAAUCUUCCUCGACAUUGUGUCAUGCGUCCCGGCUGCUCGAAGCUGUUCAACGAUUUGACUUCAUGAAUUUCUGGUAUGACGAAGAUCUGGGUUGA